AUGACUAUUGACAUACCCGGAUACUAUUUUGACAAAGACAGAAACCGAUAUUUUAAGAUCCAGCCCAACCAGAAUGCCCCUGCUGGAUCCGACUACAGUCGGCAAGCGGUCAACGCGAGAGAAGUCAUUGACCACGCAGAGCGCCGUGAAGAGUCUGCACGCCUGUCCAAAAAUGCCUCCACCAUCAAAAGAUCUCAAUUCUUACAACAUCCCUUGCUCGCUUUGGACAAGAGGCUGGGAAAUUUGCAGAGGGCCGGUACCUUUGUCGCGGAAUACUAUGCCGCUGGCCUGGCAGGAGCUAGUGCUUUGUCCCCCUUCGAUUCCUGGCAGGAACAAAGACCAGCUUCACAUUUCGACGUCGAGGAACAUUUAGGCAGCUUGUUUACAGCCUUUUCCGAUAACUUACGGGGUCAACAGCGUCGACCAGUCUCUCUGUUGAUGGGCCUUCAUCGCCACACUGCUGCAUCAGCACACAGAGACAUCCUGUUUGCUAAUGCCGGGUUUCUCUCUUCAGGGAAUGAUUCUGAAAGUUGCCUAUAUCAUUCUAAAAACUGCGAACUUGUGCGAAGAGUGCCGAAAGUGGACUAUGUUCAUUGUGUUGCUCCCGGCCUAGUCUGCUGGACGAUUGGAAGCUCAGCAGGGUUCAACCGGUCUCAACUGGAAUUUUCACGUUACUAUGGGCGUGACACUGGAAGGCAAUCCGACUUUUGGGUCACUCUGACCUUCGACACUCUGAUCUGGGGUCUGGCAUCUUCACCCUCCAAGGACUGGAUAGCAUUGGCUACUGGCCGUGGCGUUUAUUUGGUAUCGAACCUGAACUCCAAUUCACCGGUGACCGAGUCCCGUCGUUCUAGUGAGCAAAGGUCAAUAACUUUCAAGGAUGAAAAUGUCUUCCUGGCGGGGGCAAGGACUGGGAAGGUAACCAUAGGCGACCGUCGCGCAGGCGCAUGUCAAACCCGACUGCAGCACUCCAGUGCGGCCAGUGCUCUCGCAACCCUCCCCGAUGGCAAUCGAGUCAUUGUCAGCGGACUGCCAGACACGAAAAUCUACGAUCUACGCUUCACGUCGGCCCCUUCCUCCACAUACAAAUCUCACGGUCGAACCAUGCACGCUCCCUCGAAUCCGUACGUCACAUUCAACAUCCCGCCAACACGCCAACAGAAGCAAUACGGACUCGGUUUUGCCUACGACCCCGAACUCAACAUCGUGCUCAGUACGUCUACAGACAACCACAGGGACAACCGUGUCGGCCUCUGGUCCGUCGCGACGGGCCAGCUACUUGAAGGUCCCUUGAGCAAGCACAAAUUCCGGCAGCCGGUGACUUGCGCGAGAAUCGUCCAGGUCCGUGACGGUCCCAAGAGCAUUCUCUUAGCCACGGCUGGCGAAAUUCAAGAGUGGACCCCUCAGGGAGGCCGUCUCGGGGACGUCCAGGAAUGA